UAAAUGUCUGAAGGAUUCUGCAGAGUACAAACAGUUAGGCUUGCUCUGAUGCAUUGGCAUACACACAGUGUUCUUUGUAAAAGCUGCUAUAAAAGGCCGGCAAAGUUCUACAAAUUGUAAAGUUCAUACAAAGUUUCAUAGUAUUCCCAUAAUGGAAGAGGAUCACAAAAAUUUUGAUCUAAACGAUAACUGGCCAACCUCAACUUUUGAUAAGAAACCAAUUUGCAGAGAUUUUCUGAGAAACAUGUGUCAUCGUGGCAGACGUUGCAAAUUUAAACACCCAUCCACUGCUGAGUUGGAGCAAACUGUUGAUGUAUCUGGUGCUGAUAUUGUUUAUGAGUUUUGCCAUGACUUCCAAAACAGUGAGUGCCAAAGAACAAACUGCAGAUUUAUUCAUUGCACUCAAGAGGAGGAGGAAGCUUACAUGAAAUCCAAGAUGCUUCCUUUGCGUCUUAAAUACCAGUAUGACUAUGGCAUUGGUGAUUACCACAUUGGACAGGAGAAACAAAGACUGGAAAAGAUGACUGGAUCUGCAGAGGUGGCAGGACGACCAGUGUGUCGUGACUUCCUCAACCAAGAAUGCCAUAGAGGCAAGAAGUGCAGGUUUUUGCAUCUUGAUCCCAAGAAAGGAAAUGAUGCAGAAGCAAAUUUAAAAAGACCUCGAAUGCUGGUAGAAGAUUGUGAACAAUAUACUGAGACAUGUAAUGAGUACAUGGUGGUUGGAACACAACCAGAACUUCCAGGUCGGCAAGAGAGAAUGCCUGUUCAUAAUGAAUUCAUGGGACGAAACAGUCAGGUUGUUCAUCAACAUCUUGAAGAAGAAAAUCAUAAUUUGAAGAAACGAGUUCAAGAGUUGGAAAAGCAAGUAUCAGAUCUAUCAGCAACAAAUGAAGUUUUGUUAGAACAAAAUGCACAGUUCAGGUUGCAGAAAAGAGGAAUUACAAGCUACAGAAUGUCAUCUGAAAGUAUGCCAACCUCCUUCACUCCUUCCAUUGGUCUUACCUCCCCUGGUACGGUGGUUGUCACCAACGCAGCAAGACCUGUCCCUGUGCAACUCAAUGUUCAAGGCCAAGAAAUUAUCACUGCCGCUGGGCAAGCACCUCAACAUGCAGUGGUUGCGGGGCCAGGUAGAAUACAACAGGCAUCAGUUUCUGUUCCUCACACAACAGAUAUUGCUGCUCAAGUCAUUGCUGCAAAUAUUGCAGCAAACACAGGAGGUGCUGUGGAAACAAUACCUGGCACCAACCAAAUUGUAUCGGCUCUCUCUGGACCAAUACCACAACAAAAUGGCAUGAUUGCCCAGCAGAAUAUGAACCAAAUGACACACCCACCUGUGGCAUCAUUUUCUGCACCAGUUCAAACUCACAACCAAAUGGCAUCCCAGCAGCCAAUGGUAACAUUUUCACAACCCAUGCCAAGCCACAACCAAAUGACACAGCAUCCUAUGGUGACGUUUUCAGGCAACAUGCCCAAUCACAACCAAAUGGCUCAGCAAACAAUUGUGACUUUUUCUGGAAAUAUGCCAAGUCACAAUCAAUUAACUCAACAACCUGUCAGCUUUGCAGGCACCAUAAUGGCCGCUGCCCUGGGUGGUGGUAGGUGUGCCAUACAAGGCCCUAACAACCCUAUAGCUGCUAGUUUGACUGGUGCUGUGCAUCAACAACCCUCUGUAGGGUCCAUGGGGCCAGCUGUACCUCUACCCCAACCAGCAUUGGUUUAUACAGUUACCAGAUCAACUGACAAUGUGCCUGUAGUGAGCACGCUUGUAUCUGCAACUGGCCAUGAGAUGGCAAUUGUGGCAGAAGCCCAACAAAAUCCAAGCAGUAGCAUGGCUGCAUCCUUACGGGCUGUUGGACAUGCUGGUCAAGCAUUUAGUAAUAUUACACCUGGGUCUCAGCCAAUUGCACAAGUGUCUUCCCACCAAAAUUCAGUUUUACAAUGUACAGUUAUGACGUCAGGCAUUGGUGGAGUGAAUACUUCGAUGCCGCCUCCAGUAGUUACCAUGGGAAGAUCAGUGGUGCAAAACAAUCUGGCACAAACUGCUCGUAAUGUACAACGUGGUGUUGGACCUGGUACAACGCAGAUAAAUGAACAAGGAAUGCUUAGUUACCCCAUAGCUGCUGUGCAGCAGGGUAAAAUGCACACCAGCAGCAAUUUCAUGCACAGAGUUGUUGACACGGAAUGAAAAUGAUUAACUUUUUCUCAUUUUUGUUUUCAUGGGAGUUGUUCAGCCAGAAUAAAGAAGCCUUUUGCUCUUUCAAAGACCUGUUUACUUUGUAAACUUUUAAUAUUCUUCCUUUUCUCGUUCAUCUUUAUAAUAUCUUGAAUAAGGGUAUGUCCCCAACAGCAUAACAGUAAGAUCAUUUUAUUGCAGAGUUACACUUUUUCUAUUUGCCUCGAUCCGGUAGUACUCUUCUAAUAAUGAUUUGUUCAAAUUUUAUUCUUUCUUGUAAAUUUUUUUAAUGAAUGAUGUAGGUGUUGCCCUGUCUUGUCUGUUAUUGUGCAUGUGUUGUCUGUUGUAUGCAUUGGUAAAAUAUCGUGAAACCUGGUACCAACAUUCUUAUAUAUACCAACUUUAUUACUUUCUUUAUAACUGUUUUUCCGUAUUUAAGCCCAUUUGCUGUUUAAUCGAACAUCGCUUUCAAACUUAGGUGGGAGCAGAAGCUUUGUGUGCACAUACCUGACAGACAGGUAAGAAAUAUGCUAUUUGCAAAUACUUCGACUAGAGUAAAUAAAAACAAAAUUUGUUAAACCGGCAGAACAUAGUUUUUUGGUUAAAAGUGCACUCUGGUUAGAAUUUUGUUUUGAUUUGAAAAGUUGUUGACGUAACCCACUUUGUUUAUUGUGUGUGUUGAGUGAAUGUAACUUGCUGUAUCCGCUCUUUACCGAAUAGAACAAUUCAUUGUCAUGCAAA